CCAACACGAGGUGACUGUCCCGCUCUCCGUCCGGUGCCUACGCGACUGCAGCAAUGAGCUGGAGUGGAUAUGUCGAUAACCUGAUGGGCGGCGGGCAGGUCCAGGAUGCCGCCAUAGUGGGGCACACCGACUCUCCGUCUGUAUGGGCCGCCACACCGGGCGGGAUAUUCAGCAAAAUAACGGCAGCCGAGAUCAACGCAGUGGUGUCGGGGGACCGAGAGAAGCUGUUUGUGAAUGGGCUGGUACUGGGCGGGCAAAAGUGUUCCGUGCUCCGGGACGAGUUCAGUGUUGCCGACAAUCAGGUUAUGGAUCUAAGGACGAAGAACCCAAAUGGGCCAACAUACAACAUAUCCAUCUGCAAAACUGCAAAAGCUCUUGUCCUGGUCAUGGGGAAUGCGGAGGUGCAUGGGGGGUGUCUAAACAAGAAAGUGUUUGACAUGGGCAAGUACCUGAGAUGUGCAGGCUACUGAGCCCCCCCCGUUACUACUGAUACAUUCACCUGUUCAGCUGCCAACGUCGGACCAACUGAUCCCCCUUCUCCCCUUAUUUUUGAUUCCCUUGUUUCGUUUAUAUUUUUUUUUUUUUUAAAUGGCCUCUUCUUGCUGCCCCCCCAGUCAUCGGAAUGAAUGGAAAUUUUUCAGGGAAACAAAUUUAUAUCUGAUUUAAAGAAAAAAAAAAAAUAAAGUAUGCUGUAUACAGUCA